CCGAGUCCGGAUUCAACCUCACGCGCCGCUGACGCCCGCCCGCCCGACGUGCACUCCCGAUUCCUUUUGGUUCUAAGUCCAAAAUGGCAACUCUCAAAGAUCAGCUGAUUCAGAAUCUUCUUAAGGAAGAACAUACCCCCCAGAAUAAGAUCACAGUUGUUGGGGUUGGUGCUGUUGGCAUGGUUUGUGCCAUCAGUAUCUUAAUGAAGGACUUGGCAGAUGAACUUGCUCUUGUUGAUGUCAUGGAAGACAAACUGAAGGGAGAGAUGAUGGAUCUCCAGCACGGCAGCCUUUUCCUUAGAACACCAAAAAUUGUCUCUGGCAAAGAUUAUAAUGUGACUGCAAACUCCAAGCUGGUUAUUAUCACAGCUGGGGCACGUCAGCAAGGGGGAGAAAGCCGUCUUAGUUUGGUCCAGCGUAACGUGAACAUCUUCAAGUUCAUCAUUCCUAAUAUCGUAAAAUAUAGCCCAAACUGCAAGUUGCUUGUCGUUUCCAAUCCAGUGGACAUCUUGACCUAUAUGGCUUGGAAGGUAAGUGGCUUUCCCAAAAACCGUGUUGUUGGAAGUGGUUGCAAUCUGGAUUCAGCCCGGUUCCGUUACCUAAUGGGGGAAAGACUGGGAGUUCACCCAUUAAGCUGUCACAGGUGGGUCCUUGGGGAGCAUGGAGACUCCAGUGUGCCUGUAUGGAGUGGAGUGAACGUUGCUGGUGUCUCUCUGAAGAAUCUGCACCCUGACUUAGGCACUGAUGCAGAUAAGGAACAGUGGAAAGAGGUUCACAAACAGGUGGUUGACAGUGCCUAUGAGGUGAUCAAACUGAAAGGCUACACCUCCUGGGCCAUUGGACUGUCUGUGGCAGAUCUGGCCGAAAGUAUAAUGAAGAAUCUUAGGCGGGUGCAUCCAAUUUCCACCAUGAUUAAGGGUCUCUAUGGAAUUAAAGAUGAUGUCUUCCUUAGUGUCCCUUGCAUCUUGGGACAGAAUGGAAUUUCAGAUGUUGUGAAGGUGACUCUGACUGCUGAGGAGGAGGCCCGUUUGAAGAAGAGUGCAGAUACACUUUGGGGGAUCCAAAAGGAGCUGCAGUUUUAAAGUUUUCUAAUGUACCACUUCACUGUCUAGACUAUAGCAGGAUUUUAGUUGGAGGUUGUGUAUAUUGUCCUUAUUAUCUGAUCUGUUACUCAAGUAAUAUUAAAAUGGCCUAAG